AUGAGUGUUCUCUUUGUCUUCUCCUUCUCUGCUGCCAUUCUAUUCCUUGGAAUGCACAGAGGUCACUGUGGAGAAAUCGUGAGAGGGAGACUGUCAAUUCCACAUUCAAGACCCUACAUGGCAGCCAUAGUUAAAGGAAAUGCUAUCCACUGUGGAGGAACUUUGAUCCAAAAAAACUGGGUGCUAACAGCAGCUCAUUGUCACAUAAAUAUUGGAGACAAAGUUAUCCUUGGUGCUCAUUCGCUAUCUAAAUAUGAGAAACAAAAGCAGGUGUUUCAAGUUACCAGAGUGAUUCGUCACAGAUAUUAUAUCCCCAAAACACUUGAAAAUGACAUUAUGCUUUUGAAGCUUAAUAAAUGUGCAACGAUCACUAGAAGUGUGAGAACCAUUCAGCUUCCCAGAACUAAUAAAGAUGUCAGACCAGGCACACACUGUCUAGCAGCCGGAUGGGGAAGAACAGAGUCAGAGUGGCCGUCUGAUGUGCUGCAGGAAAUUAAUGUCACUAUUGUGGACAGACGCAAGUGCAACUAUAACCAUCGAAUAACAACUAAUAAACUGUGUGCUAUUGUCAGGAACUUAAAUGGAGGCGUCUGUAGAGGUGACUCUGGUGGCCCUUUGAUAUGUGAAAGAAUACAAAGAGGCAUCACUUCUUAUAUUGCAGAUAAUAUGAGAUGUGGUGUUCUUAGGCGCAAAGCCCCAGAUGUCUAUACUCGCCUCACAAAGGAUCACGUAGUCUGGAUUAACAAUAUAACACGGGGAUGA